UGGUUAACAACCACCGCGUGUUUUAAUACAUCCAAAGCAUGUGGCAUCUACCUGUAUAAUAAAGGAAUAAAAGAAAGCCAUAAAAUCAUCAUUUGACGAUUUUAUUCCAUACCUUCUUCAUUCUCUUUCUCACUCACGAGUGAAGCUUGCUUGCUUGAAUCAUGGCAUCUCGUAUUGCUAAAGAUGUUACCGAAUUGAUUGGGAACACUCCAUUGGUGUAUCUGAACAAUGUGGCUGAAGGAUGUGUUGGUCGUGUCGCUGCUAAGCUCGAGAUGAUGGAACCUUGCUCCAGUGUCAAAGACAGGAUUGGUUUUAGCAUGAUCUCUGAUGCAGAGGAAAAGGGUCUGAUAAAGCCAGGAGAGAGUGUGCUGAUUGAGCCAACGAGUGGAAACACCGGAGUUGGUUUAGCCUUCACGGCUGCUGCCAAGGGGUACAAGCUCAUCAUUACUAUGCCAGCUUCAAUGAGUGUGGAGAGAAGGAUCAUUCUCUUAGCUUUUGGAGUUGAGUUGGUCCUAACUGACCCUGCCAAGGGCAUGAAAGGAGCUAUCGCAAAGGCUGAAGAGAUUUUGGCCAAAACACCCAAUGGUUACAUGCUCCAACAGUUUGAGAACCCUGCCAACCCAAAGAUACACUAUGAGACUACUGGACCUGAGAUAUGGAAAGGCACUGAUGGAAAAAUCGAUGGAUUUGUUUCUGGGAUUGGUACUGGUGGUACCAUCACAGGUGCAGGGAAGUAUCUCAAGGAACAGAACCCUAACGUUAAGCUGUAUGGAGUGGAGCCAAUUGAAAGUGCUAUUCUAUCCGGUGGGAAGCCAGGCCCUCACAAGAUUCAAGGGAUUGGUGCUGGCUUUAUACCAAGUGUGUUGGAGGUUGAUCUUAUAGAUGAAGUUGUUCAAGUUUCAAGUGAUGAAUCCAUCGACAUGGCAAGGCUUCUUGCUCUUAAAGAAGGUCUUCUUGUGGGAAUAUCAUCUGGUGCAGCAGCGGCCGCAGCAAUCAAACUUGCAAAGAGGCCAGAAAAUGCUGGGAAGCUUUUUGUGGCGGUGUUCCCGAGUUUCGGGGAGAGGUACCUGUCGACUGUACUAUUCGAUGCCACAAGGAAAGAAGCAGAAUCAAUGACCUUCCAGGCUUGAAUUGUCUCACCUUAAAAUUUCUCAAUUUCUUUUCAUUAGGGACGCCAAAAAUAAAAAGAGAGAUGUUUAGUUUUCUCCUAAAAGAGAAUCUUCAUCUUCAGUUUCAGUGCGUCUGUUGUGUUUGUGUUUCUGUAAUCUUUGUGUGAGAAUAAAAAUCAAUCUGGAUUUUCUCUGUUUUCCUUUGUGAAGAACACAUUCUGUCAAUAAGUUUGAGUUUUACUUUGA